CUCAAUUUAUAAAACUUGUAGUUUCUGAAUUGUUCUUGUUUUCCUUUUCCUUCAUCUCCGAAGAAAUACAGAUAGUAAAGGAAAAGGAAACAAGAACAAAUUACACAAAGAUGACUACCGCAAACACUGAUACAAUCCGUAAUAUCAUUGGGGUGAUCGGAAAUGUGAUUUCUUUCGGUCUAUUCGCCUCGCCUGCACCUACAUUUUAUAAGAUCAUCAAGAAAGGAGCAGUGGAGGAUUUUUCUCCAAACCCUUACCUCGCCACCAUACUCAACUGUGCACUAUGGGUUUUUUAUGGCCUUCCUUUUGUUCAUCCACACAGCAUUCUUGUUAUCACCAUCAAUGGAGUGGGUCUCGUUGUAGAAUUCGCCUACAUCUUCACUUAUCUCAUGUACGCCAACAAAAAGCAAAGACUGUACGUGUUCAAAGUGUUGGCAAUUGAAAUAGUUUUCUUUGCCUUGGUAGUUGGUGUUACUCUUGGGUUCCUGCACACUAUCGAGAGAAGGACAAUGGUUGUCGGAAUUUUCUGUCUGAUCUUCAACAUUGCCAUGUAUGCAAUGCCAUUGGACGUAAUGUUGUUGGUUAUCAGAACAAAAAGUGUUGAGUACAUGCCGUUUUUCCUUCUGCUUGCAAAUUUCCUCAAUGGUGGAACUUGGUUGACGUUCACAUUGCUCCGUUUCGAUCUUUACAUCUUUAUAAGUAAUGGCUCUGGUUGUUUUCUUGGCUUUAUCCAAUUGAUAAUAUACGGAACUUACUACAAGUCGACCCCAAAGAAAAACAAUGAUGAUGAGAAGCCUUCUGGGGAUGUACAGCUCUCGAGUGUCUGA